AUGGAUGUGAAGGAACGCCGGCCGUACUGCUCGCUGACCAAGGGACGGCGCGAGAAGGAGCGGCGCUACACGGGCUCGACCGGCGACGACGCCGACGACUGCCGCGUGCCCACGCAGAAGUCCUACAGCUCCAGCGAGACGCUGAAGGCCUUCGACCAGGACCCGUCCGCGCGCCUGCUCUACGGCAGCCGCGUCAAGGAGAUGGUGCACCGCGACGCCCACGAGGAGUACACGCGCCAAGGGCAGAACUUUAACCUGCGGCAGCUGGGCAUCUGCGAGCCGGCCACCCGCCGCGGCCUGGCCUUCUGCGCCGAGAUGGGCCUGCCGCACCGCGGCUACUCGGUGGGCGCCGGCUCCGACGUGGACACGGAGAACGAGGGCGUGAUGUCGCCGGAGCGCGCCAUGCGCCUGUGGGGGCGCGGCGUCAAGUCGGGCGGACGCGGGUCCUGCCUGUCCAGCCGCUCCAACUCCGCGCUCACGCUCACCGACACCGAGCACGAGAACAAGUCCGACAGCGAGAACGGUUCUCCCAUGCCAUCCUCUCUAUCAAGUCCAUCAGUCACUGAGCAUUCACAUUCUCAACCACCAUCACCCAAUCUCCAUGACAACCAGAGUCCGCUGCUAAGCAAUGUCACCACGGAGACUGUGCAUGACUCGGACUCUGAGGAGGAAUUCACAGCCACCCUGUACUUACCAGUAGCUCAGCAGGCACAGGGGUCUGCAUGUAAUGAGCAACUGUCCAAUCAGCAUCACCACCACCAGCAGGGCCAGUCCACGCUGCCGCCAGCCCCGCCUCCGCACAAGCAGCAGCCGUCCGUCACCGCGCUCAACCACAACUCCCUGAGCACCCGUCGCAACGUGAGCCCGGCGCCGCCGGCCGCACUGCCCGCCGAACUGCAAACCACGCCCGAAUCCGUCCCGCUGCAGGACAGCUGGGUCCUGGGCAGCAAUGUGCCGCUGGAAAGCAGGCACUUCCUCUUUAAGACAGGCACCGGCACCACCCCACUGUUCAGCACGGCAACGCCUGGCUACACCAUGGCGACGGGGGCGGUCUACUCACCGCCCACCCGACCGCUGCCCAGGAACACGCUGUCGCGGAGCGCCUUCAAGUUCAAGAAGUCGUCCAAGUACUGCUCGUGGAGGUGCACCGCCCUGAGCGCCGUGGCCAUCUCCGUGCUGCUGUCCGUCCUGCUCUGCUACUGCAUAGCCAUGCAUCUGUUUGGGUUGAACUGGCAGCUUCAGGAGACAGAGGGCUAUGCCUUUGAGAACGGCCAGGUGAAGUCGGACACAGCGCCUACCAACUCAGUCACCGCGCUGUCUGCUGACAAUGGUAAAAUGGGCGUGCUGCUACAGGAGAACAACACCAUAGACACGGGAGAAGUGGACGUGGGCCGCAGGGCAGUUCAGGACGUUCCUCCGGGAAUGUUUUGGCGUUCCCAGAUCUUCAUCGACCAGCCACAGUAUCUCAAGUUCAACAUCUCGGUGCAGCGCGGCGCCUUGGUCGGGGUGUACGGACGCAAAGGCCUGCCCCCCUCUCACACCCAGUAUGACUUUGUGGAGCUGCUGGACGGUAGUCUGCUCAUCUCCAAGGAGAAGCGGAGUCUGCUGGAGAUGGAGGGGGCUCGGCGGGCGCGCUCGGUGAGUCUGCACGAUGCCGGCUUCAUCCGCUUCCUGGACUCGGGCACCUGGCACAUGGCCUUCUACAACGACGGCAAGAACACCGAGCAGGUCUCCUACAACACCAUCAUCAUAGAUUCUGUCACUGAAUGCCCUCACAAUUGCCAUGGAAACGGAGAUUGUCGAUCUGGAACGUGCCAUUGUUUCCCAGGUUUCCUUGGACCUGAUUGCUCAAGAGCCGCCUGCCCCGUGCUGUGCAGUGGCAAUGGCCAGUACUCUAGGGGGCGCUGUCUGUGCUACAGCGGCUGGAAGGGCACCGAGUGCGACGUCCCCAGCAACCAGUGCAUCGACGGCCACUGUGGCGGCCACGGCAUCUGCAUCAUGGGCACCUGCGCCUGCAACACGGGCUACAAGGGAGACAACUGCGAGGAGGUGGAUUGUCUGGACCCCACCUGUUCUGGGCAUGGCAUGUGUAUCCAUGGCGAGUGCCACUGUAACCCGGGCUGGGGCGGCACCAGCUGCGAGAUCCUGAAGACGAUGUGCCCGGACCAGUGCUCGGGACACGGCACCUACCAGACCGAGAGCGCCACCUGUGCCUGCCAUGCCAACUGGAGCGGGCCCGACUGCUCCAUCGAGGUGUGUCCGAUGGACUGCGGCUCCCACGGCAUGUGUGUCGGGGGCGGCUGCCGCUGUGAGGAGGGCUGGACGGGGCCGGUGUGUGACGUGAAGGCCUGCCACCCCCGCUGCACCGAGAACGGAGUGUGUAAGGACGGCAAGUGUGAGUGCAACCAGGGCUGGUCUGGAGAACACUGCACACUCGAGGGCUGUCCCGGCCUGUGCAACAACAACGGCCGCUGCACGCUGGACAUGAACGUCUGGUUCUGCGUCUGUCAGCCCGGCUGGAGGGGGGCGGGCUGCGACGUCGCCAUGGAGACACUCUGCGGUGACAACAAGGACAACGAAGGAGAUGGCCUGGCCGACUGCAUGGACCCUGACUGCUGUGUGCAGCCCUCGUGCCAGAGCCAGCCCUACUGCCGCGGCUCGCCCAACCCCAGCAGCGUCAUCAGCAUGAGCCAAUCAGCUCCCACGCAGCAGGCCGCCCUGUCCUUCUACCAGCGAAUCAGCUUCCUCGUGGGCACGGAGAGCACCCACAUCAUCACGGGAGACAACCCCUUCAACAAGAGCCUGGUGUCCAUCAUCCGAGGACAGGUUUUGACAGCUGAUGGAACUCCCCUUAUCGGAGUCAACGUCUCCUUCGUCCACUACCCAGAUCACGGCUACACAAUCACACGGCAGGAUGGCAUGUUUGACAUCCUGGCCAAUGGCGGAGCGUCGUUGACCCUGAGCUUCGAGCGGGCGCCGUUCCUGACGCAGUACCGGACGGUGUGGAUCCCGUGGAACGUGUUCUACGUGAUGGACACGCUGGUGAUGAAGAAGGAGGAGAACGACAUCCCCAGCUGUGACCUCAGCGGCUUCGUGAGGCCCAGCCCCCUCAUCGUGGCCACGCCCCUCUCCACCUUCUACAGGGCCUCGCCGCAGGACGGGCCCAUCAUCCCCGAGACACAGGUGCUGCAAGAGGAGACAGCUAUCCCGGGCAGUGACCUGAACCUGAUGUACCUGAGCUCGCGGGCGUCCGGCUACAAGCCCCUGCUGAAGGUGACCAUGACCCAGGCCACCGUGCCCUUCAACCUGAUGAAGGUGCACCUGAUGGUGGCCGUGGUGGGGCGCCUCUUCCAGAAGUGGUUCCCCGCGCAGCCCAACCUCUCCUACACCUUCAUCUGGGACAAGACCGACGCCUACAACCAGAAGGUCUACGGCAUGUCCGAGGCCGUGGUGUCGGUGGGCUUUGAGUACGAGUCGUGUCUGGACCUGAUCCUGUGGGAGAAGAGGACGGCGUUGCUCCAAGGCUACGAGCUCGACGCCUCCAACAUCGGCGGCUGGACGCUGGACAAACACCAUGUGCUGGACGUGCAGAACGGCAUCCUGUACAAGGGGAACGGCGAGAACAUCUUCAUCUCCCAGCAGCCCCCUGUCAUCAGCACCAUCAUGGGCAACGGGCGCCGCCGCAGCAUCUCCUGCCCCAGCUGCAACGGGCAGGCGGACGGCAACAAGCUGCUGGCGCCCGUGGCCCUGGCGUGCGGCGCCGACGGCAGCCUGUUCGUGGGCGACUUCAACUACAUCCGCCGCAUCUUCCCCUCCGGCAACGUCACCAGCGUCAUGGAGCUCAGCAACAACCCGGCGCACAGGUACUACCUGGCCACGGACCCGGUGACGGGUCAGCUGUACGUGUCGGACACCAACUCGCGGCGCAUCUACCGGCCCAAGGUGCUGACGGGCACCAAGGAGCUGCUCCAGAACGGGGAGGUGGUGGCGGGCACCGGCGAGCAGUGUCUGCCCUUCGACGAGGCCCGCUGUGGGGACGGGGGCAAGGCCACGGAGGCCCUCCUGCUGGGGCCCAAAGGGAUCACGGUGGACAAGAACGGCUACAUCUACUUUGUGGACGGCACCAUGAUCAGGAAGAUCGACCGCAACGGCAUCAUCUCCACCCUGCUGGGCUCCAACGACCUGACCUCGGCGCGGCCCCUCACCUGCGACACCAGCAUGCACAUCGGACAGGUGCGUCUGGAGUGGCCCACGGACCUGGCCAUCAACCCCAUGGACAACUCCAUCUACGUGCUGGACAACAACGUGGUCCUGCAGAUCACGGAGAACCGGCAGGUGCGCAUCGUGGCCGGGCGGCCCAUGCACUGCCAGGUGCCGGGCAUCGAGUACACCAUGGGCAAGCGCGCCGUGCAGACCACGCUGGAGGGCGCCACGGCCAUCGCGCUCUCCUACAGCGGCGUGCUCUUCAUCUCCGAGACCGACGAGAAGAAGAUCCACCGCAUCCGCCAGGUGUCCACCGACGGCGAGAUCUCACCGCUGGCCGGCGCGCCGUCCGACUGCGACUGCAAGAACGACGCCAACUGCGACUGCUACCAGACGGGCGAGGGCUACGCCAAGGACGCGCGGCUCAACUCGCCCUCGUCGCUGGUGGUGGCGCCGGACGGCGCGCUCUUCGUGGCCGACCUGGGCAACAUCCGCAUCCGCGCCAUCCGCCGCAACCGGCCGCCCGUGGGCUCCUCGGGCCUCUACGAGGUGGCCUCGCCCUCCGAGCAGGAGCUGUACGCCUUCGACGCCAACGGCACGCACCAGUACACGGCCAGCCUGGUGACGGGCGACUACAAGUACAACUUCAGCUACAGCAACGAGGACGACGUCACCGCGGUGACCGACAGCAGCGGCAACAUCCUGCGCGUGCGCCGCGACCCCAACGGCAUGCCCGUGCGCGUGGUCGCCCCCGACAACCAGGUCAUCUGGCUGACCAUCGGCACCAACGGCGGCCUGAAGACCCUGACGGCGCAAGGGCAGGAGCUCGUGCUCCUCACUUACCAUGGCAACAGCGGUCUCCUGGCAACCAAGAGCAUCCAGAUCGGCUGGACCACCUUCUAUGACUACGACAGCGAGGGACGCCUGACCAAUGUCACCUUCCCCACCGGCGUCAUCACCAGUCUCCAUGGCGACAUGAAGCCUGCACUGACGGUGGACAUCGAGACGUCUGGCCGCGAGGAUGACGUCAGCAUCACCACCAACCUCUCCUCCAUAGACUCCUUCUACACCCUGGUGCAAGACCAACUGAGGAACAGCUACCAGGUGGGCUAUGAUAACUCGCUGCGUGUCAUCUACGCCAACGGGAUGGACACACACUUCCAGACGGAGCCACACAUCCUGGCCGGGCCCGCCAACCCCACGGUGGCCCGCAGGAACAUGACCCUUCCCGGGGAGAGCGGCCAGAACCUGGUGGAGUGGCGCUUCCGCAAAGAGCAGACGCGAGGAAAGGUCAUCGUGUUCGGACGAAAGCUGAGGGUCAACGGGAGGAACCUGCUCUCGGUGGACUACGACCGGACGCUGCGGACGGAGAAGAUCUACGACGACCACCGCAAGUUCCUGCUGAAGAUCGUCUACGACUCGUCGGGCCACCCCACGCUGUGGGUGCCCAGCAGCAAGCUGAUGUCGGUCAACCUCACCUACUCCAGCACGGGCCAGGUGACCUGCCUGCAGCGCGGACCCACCAUCGAGCGCGUGGAGUACGACACCCAGGGACGCAUCGUCUCGCGCACCUUCGCCGACGGCAAGACCUGGAGCUACACCUACCUGGACAAGUCCAUGGUGCUGCUGCUGCACAGCCAGCGGCAGUACAUCUUCGACUACGACAUGGAGGACCGUCUGUCGGCCAUCACCAUGCCCAGCGUGGCGCGGCACACCAUGCAGACCAUCCGCUCGGUGGGCUACUACCGCAACAUCUACAGCCCGCCGGAGAGCAACGCCUCGGUGACGGUGGACUACAGCGAGGACGGCCAGCUCCUGCGCGUGGCCCACCUGGGCACGGGCCGCCGCGUCCUCUACAAGUACCGGCGGCAGAACAAGCUGGCCGAGAUCCUGUACGACAGCACGCGCGUCAGCUUCACCUACGACGAGACGGCCGGCGUGCUCAAGACGGUCAACCUGCAGAGCGAGGGCUUCAUCUGCUCCAUCCGCUACCGGCAGGUGGGCCCGCUGGUGGACCGGCAGAUCUUCCGCUUCAGCGAGGACGGCAUGGUGAACGCGCGCUUCGACUACACCUACGACAACAGCUUCCGGGUCACCAGCAUGCAGGGGGUCAUCAACGAGACGCCGCUGCCCAUCGACCUCUACCAGUUCGACGACAUCUCGGGCAAGGUGGAGCAGUUCGGCAAGUUCGGCGUCAUCUACUACGACAUCAACCAGAUCAUCUCCACGGCGGUGAUGACCUACACCAAGCACUUUGACGCGCACGGCCGCAUCAAGGAGAUCCAGUACGAGAUCUUCCGCUCGCUCCUCUACUGGAUCACCAUCCAGUACGACAACGUGGGCCGCGUCACCAAGCGCGAGAUCAAGAUCGGGCCCUUCGCCAACACCACCAAGUACGGCUACGAGUACGACGUGGACGGCCAGCUGCAGACCGUCUACCUCAACGAGAAGAUCAUGUGGCGCUACAACUACGACCUCAACGGCAACCUGCACCUGCUCAACCCCGGCAACAGCGCCCGGCUCACGCCGCUCCGCUACGACCUGCGCGACCGCAUCACGCGCCUCGGCGACGUCCAGUACCGGCUGGACGAGGACGGCUUCCUGCGCCAGCGCGGCACCGAGAUCUUCGAGUACAACUCCAAGGGCCUGCUGGUGCGCGUGCACAGCAAGGGCGGCGGCUGGACCAUCCAGUACCGCUACGACGGGCUCGGGCGACGGCUGGCCUCGCGCAACAGCCUCGGCCAGCACCUGCAGUUCUUCUACGCCGACCUCAGCUACCCGACGCGCAUCACGCACGUCUACAACCACUCCAGCUCGGAGAUCACCUCGCUCUACUACGACCUGCAGGGCCACCUGUUCGCCAUGGAGAUCAGCAGCGGCGAGGAGUUCUACAUCGCCUGCGACAACACCGGCACGCCGCUGGCCGUCUUCAGCAGCAACGGGCGCCUGCUCAAGCAGGUGCACUACACGGCGUUCGGCGAGAUCUACUUCGACUCCAACCCGGCCUUCCAGCUGGUCAUCGGCUUCCACGGCGGCCUGUACGACCCGCUGACGCGGCUGCUGCACUUCGGCGAGCGCGACUACGACAUCCCGGCGGGCCGCUGGACCACGCCGGACAUCGCCACCUGGAAGCGGGUGGGCAAGGACCCCAUGCCGUUCAACCUGUACAUGUUCCGCAACAACAACCCCAUCAGCAAGGUGCACGAGGUCAAGGAGUACGUCACAGAUGUCAACAUCUGGCUGGUGACGUUCGGGUUCCAUCUCCACAACGCCAUCCCCGGAUUCCCCAUCCCCAAGUUUGACCUGACGCAGCCUUCGCUGGAGAUGAGGAAGAGUCAGCUGUGGGAUGACCUGCCGUCCAUCUCUGGAGUGCAGCAGGCGGUAACGCACCAGGCCAAGGCGUUCCUGUCGUUCGAGCGCAUGCCUGAGAUCCAGCUGAGCCGCCGGCGUCCGAGCGGCGAGCGGCCGUGGCUGUGGUUCGCCACCGUGCGCUCGCUCAUCGGCAAGGGCGUGAUGAUGGCCAUCAGCCAGGGCCGCGUGCUCACCAGCGCCCUGAACAUCGCCAACGAGGACUGCAUCAAGGUGGCCACGGUGCUCAACCACGCCUACUACCUGGAGGACCUGCACUUCACGGUGGAGGGCCGCGACACGCACUACUUCAUCAAGACCACGCCGCCCGAGAACGACCUGGGCACGCUGCGGCUCACCAGCGGGCGCAAGGCGCUGGACAGCGGCGUCAACGUGACGGUGGCGCAGUCCACCGCGGUGGUGAACGGGCGCACGCGGCGGCUGGCGGACGUGGAGCUGCAGUACGGCGCGCUGGCGCUGCGCGUGCGCUACGGCUCCACGCUGGACGAGGAGAAGGCGCGGGUGCUGGAGCAGGCGCGGCAGCGGGCGCUGGCGCAGGCGUGGGCGCGCGAGCAGCAGCGGGUGCGCGAGGGCGAGGAGGGCGCGCGGCUCUGGACGGAGGGCGAGAAGCGGCAGCUGCUGAGCAACGGCAAGGUGCAGGGCUACGACGGCUACUACGUGCUGUCCGUGGAGCAGUACCCCGAGCUGGCCGACAGCGCCAACAACAUCCAGUUCCUGCGCCAGAGCGAGAUCGGGAAGAGGUAACACGACGGAACGCGCCGCCGCCUCGUCUCUUGCUCCGCUCCACGCCCGCCCGACCACCUGCCGGACUCCCUCGACCCCCCCUCCCCCCCUCAACGCCCCACCCCCACCCACCUGUCACAUAUCCACCCGCCAAAGAGACUAUUGAGCUCAACCCUUCCCCUGUCUGUGUCCUGUACACAAACAUGUUUAAAUACACUCCCACUUUGACACACACACACACACACAUACACACAUACACACAUACACACAAGGACAUUAUACAGAUACAUAUUCAGAUAUAUACAGUAUGGAGCCUCGCGGUUUCAGAAGACCAUAGGAGGCUUCAAGCUAGCGCCUUGUGUAGGGUCAUCUCAGUCUAACGCAGUUACCAUGUAGAAAAACGUCUCGAUUUUAAAAGCAGUACAAUGACCCAAACAUGGCCUGGACCAGGACAGUCUGGGUCGUGGUUUCACGUUUGGCCCGCUUCCCCGCGCGGAAGUGACUUCGGACUUCUCCUCAGAAGAACAAAACCAAGACUCUUCACUUUGUAAAAGUUGAAAACAAAAAAAAGAACUUCUCUUUCUUUCUUCAUUUCUUUCUUUUUUUUUACUCGUCAACCUUAGAGGUGACCUGCUUCAGACACAGAAAAAAAAAGAAGGAGCAAAACAAAGCAGGCGGACGAUUUUGAAGUGUUUACAUACAGUAACGCAUACCACUGCACUUCUCCGGAGUGAGAACGCUCCCGACAACGUUCAUAUCACGUCCCCCGGCACGUCCCGAUUGGCUGACCUAAUAGGAAGAGACGGCUUUAGGAGAGAUGGGGAAAGGAGGAAAAAAAAGAAAAAAACAAAUCACUUGUUUGGUUGGCGGGUAGGGCAGAUCAGCUCUGUGUGGUGUACAGCUGUGAGCUACACAAGUGAAGCCAUGUGGCUCUCUCUCUCUCUCUCUCUCCCUCUCCGUGGGAAGGACACUCCUUGGAGUGAUGUUCACACUCUCGCGCCUGCGUCCGGGUGAGGCCCAUGGGGCCCGGGGGCCCGAGCCAAUGGGCUUCGGGGCCACGUCCAGGAUGAGGUGCGGGAGAGGCAUAAAAUAGAAGUCAACUAAAAGAGCGACAUGUGAAAGAAUAAAAAGAAUCAUAUCCAAUCGAGCUUUUAACUGAGACAUGAGAAUAAUCUUUAUGGAUUUUUUUUUUUUUUUUUUUUUUUUUAAAGAUGAAAGAAAAGUAAAUCCACUUAUCCGUAUUUCAAUAUUAGUCUCAGAGAAAGUAAUUUAUGUACAGUGUUUCUACUUAAAAAAAUAAUAAAAUCUUAAAAAUAGA